AUGCGAACUAAAAUGUUUAAGAUGUCCUUGUCAUGGGUAAGAAUUUUGUUGCGCGGCUUCAGAAACUUCGUUAACGAAGAUGCUAUACGACACUAUAACAACGUUAUUAAUGAAAUUAUAACGAAUCAUGUGACACUCAUAAUUACCUCGUUUGACUGGGAUUUACCGCUCAAUUUAUAACUUUUGGAUAAAUGUACCAAUUUUAUACUAGCAGAACAGUUUCAAAAUUAUGUGAAAUGUUGGGUUACCAUAAACGAGGUGAAUUUGAUGGCAUAUGCUGACCGCAAUAUGCGUACAGCGACAAUUAAUCAAUUUGGCAUUACAGAUUAUCAUUGCGGUUAUCAUGCGCUAUUAGUACCAGUGUACGCGAAAGUGUGUAACGUGUAUAAUGAAAAUUUUAACCAGUUACAAAAUGGAAAAAUUGGAAUUACUCUAUUUUGCAGCAAAAGCGAUUAUUAUUUUAAACUUAUAAAAAGUAGAAUAAAAAAUUUUAAAAAAUAUUUUCUAAAGAUAUUUUCACGACUGAUAAUUUAUUUUACAAAUAAUGAAAUGCUACUUAUUACAGCGUUGGCAUUCAUCAAAUUAUUGGAGCAGUUGAAUAACCAUUACGUGUUACCUGAAGUUUACAUAACUGAAAACGCUUACGCCGAUAUUGGGAAAAUUGCGAAUAACGGAGAAAUAGUAGAUGUAAACAGAAUAAUUUAUCUUCGGCAGUACAUAUCGCAAGUUAUGAAAGCUACGUAAAAAGACAUCAAUAUUCGUGGUUAUUUGAUUUGAUCGUUAAUCUACAAUUUUUUACGAUAUGAUAAAUCCUUUUGUGAUUAA